AGGGGCCGGGAGAGCUGGGCAGGGCUUCCUGUCUGCGCCUGCGGAAUCGCCGUUUGACCCCGGAAGUGUUGGCUGUGUGUAAGCUGUCACCGUGUACGGCGGCUGCACGUCGCGGGUGUGGAGCCGAGAGGAGGGUCACACAGCACAAUGCCAGCUCUGCCUCUGGAGCAACUCCAGAUCACCCACAGAGACCCGAAGACAGGAAAGCCGAGGACUUCGCCAGCGCUGCACCCUGAGCAGAAGGCAGACCGGUAUUUUGUGUUAUACAAACCGCCCCCUAAAGACAACAUUCCCGCCCUAGUGGAGGAGUACCUGGAACGCGCCACCUUCGUAGCCAAUGACCUCGACUGGCUCCUGGCCUUGCCUCACGAUAAAUUCUGGUGCCAGGUUGUUUUUGAUGAGACCCUGCAGAAGUGCCUGGAUUCAUACCUGCGCUAUGUACCCCGAAAGUUUGAUGAAUGGGUGGCCCCUACCCCUGAGGUUGCUGACAUGCAGAAGCACCUACACCGCAGCGUUUUUCUCACCUUCCUUCGAAUGUCCACUCACAAGGAAUCCAAAGAUCACUUCAUUUCUCCAUCUGCAUUUGGAGAAAUCCUCUACAAUAACUUCCUCUUUGACAUCCCAAAGAUCCUGGACCUCUGUGUGCUCUUUGGAAAAGGCAACUCACCACUCCUCCAGAAAAUGAUAGGAAACAUAUUUAUCCAGCAGCCAAGUUAUUAUAACGACCUGGAUGAAACCGUUCCCACCAUACUUCAGGUUUUCAGCAAUAUCCUCCAGCACUGUGGUUUGCAAGGGGAUGGGACCAGCACCACACCCCAGAAACUCGGAGAGAAGGGUCGGUUGACUCCUAGUGACAUGCCUCUCUUGGAAUUAAAGGACAUUGUUCUAUACCUAUGUGACACCUGCACCACACUCUGGGCCUUUCUGGACAUCUUCCCUUUGGCCUGCCAAACCUUCCAGAAACAUGACUUUUGUUACAGACUAGCUUCCUUUUAUGAGAUGGCAAUCCCUGAAAUGGAGUCUGCAAUUAAGAAGAGGAGGCUUGAAGACAGCAAACUGCUAGGGGACAUGUGGCAGAGGCUCUCUCACUCCAAGAAAAAACUACUGGAGGUGUUUCACAUCAUCCUGAACCAGAUCUGCCUCCUUCCCAUUCUAGAGAGCAGCAAUGACAACAUUCAAGGCUUCAUUGAAGAAUUUCUCCAGAUCUUCAGCUCCGUGCUGCAGGAGAAGAGAUUCCUCCGGGACUAUGACUCAUUCUUCCCUGUAGCUGAAGACAUCAGCCUACUACAGCAGGCUUCCUCAGCCUUGGAUGAGACCCGGACUGCCUACAUCCUACAGGCUGUGGAAAGUGCAUGGGAAGGGGUGGACAGACAGAAAAUCAAGGACACUAAAGAGCCGUCGAAGGCCAAGGAUUCUAAUAAUGAAGUUACAGCGGCAGUGAAGCCAGUCAGUGAAAGGCCAUCACAGCUGGAAAACUCAGAGGAGGAUGAGGAGUGCAAGGGUGCAGCAGCUGCCCUGGGCCCAACCGUGUGUGGUGUGCAGCUAGACUCCCUCAUCUCUCAAGUGAAAGACCUGCUGCCAGACCUCGGGGAGGGCUUUAUCCUGGCCUGCCUGGAGCACUACAGCUAUGAUUCAGAGCAGGUGAUCAACAACAUCCUGGAGGAUCGGCUGGCCCCGGAACUCAGCCAGCUGGACCGCAGCCUGAAAAGACAGGUGAAGCCGGACCCUACACCCCUGCUGACAUCUCGUCACAACGUCUUCCAGAACGAUGAGUUUGAUGUGUUCAGCAGGGACUCAGUGGACCUGAGCCGGGUGCACAAGGGCAGGAGGAAGGAGGAGAACGUGAGGAGCCUGGUGAACGACAAGCGGGCUGUGGUGGCUCAGAGGCUUCGCUACCAGCAGUACAGCGUGGUAAUGGAGGAGGUCCCAGUGCAGCCAGGAGAACACCAGGUUGGUGACUACGAGGACGAGUAUGACGACACAUAUGAUGGCAACCAGGUGGGCGCCAACGAUGCAGACUCGGAUGAUGAGCUCAUCAGCCGCAGGCCCUUCACCAUCCCUCAGGUGCUGAGAACGAAAAUGCCUGGAGAAGGACCGGAGGAAGACUAUGAUGAAGUGGAGGAGGUUGAAGAGGAGGCCCCCAAGCUGGACCAUUUCAUCCAGGAUCCUGCAGUGCUGAGGGAAAAGGCUGAAGCCAGGCGCCUGGCCUUCCUUGCCAGGAAGGGGUACCGGCCUGAAAAUUCUGCAGCAGUGACAGGCAGCCCCCGGGGCCAUGGGCAAAGCCGAGAAACCACCCAGGAACGCAGGAAGAAAGAAGCCAAAAAGGCAACCAGAGCCAACCACAACCGUAGAACCAUGGCUGACCGGAAGAGAAGCAAAGGCAUGAUCCCAUCCUGAGGCCACAAAGAUGCCUGGGUGAGGGAGGCCCUCAAGGCCACCACCAUACCUCACCUGCCAGCCAGCCAUGAGCACCUUCUUGUUGAACACAAAGUGCCUUAUUCCUUGGUGCAGGAACCCAGUGCCAUCAAGUAGGCUCUCUCCCAGCUGUGCUAGCGGGAAAAGAUGGGGAUGCAAAACCAAGGUGUCCUUUAUCUUGUGCAGCAAGACACCACCUCACAAAGUCCUGGAUGCAGCAGAACUGUAUAUUCAGAAACAGCAAAGGGCCCGUGAAUAAAGUUUCUGACCUUCUAACAAUGUUCGGUGACAUGCUCCGGCCUUUUCCCUCUGUCAUACCUCAGUAAGACACCACCACCUGAAAGACAAGAAGGCACAGUGGUACCCAUUCACUGUCUGUUGACUUUCUUUGCUUGCCCUCAGCACCCCUCCUAAUAUUGCUCUUCCUUGCUGUGUGACCCCGAGCACAUCGGCCCUUUCUCUGUGCCUGUGGAAAGAUUAUUGCGCCUGUAUGAGGCUUAUGGUCCAUUCUGUUGCUACCUCAUGCACCUCCUCCCCAGGGGGUAGGCACUGUUUCCAGUUCACAGUACAGAUCAGAAAGUGGGACUUGGAGAGCUGAGAGUGUGUUCCUAGGCCACAGACAAGAGGUGACAGAGCAGGUCUUGGAAACAGUCUGAUCCCUGGCUGUCAGGUUGUGGAUCAGUGUAGAUGAUAGGAACCCCUGUGUCACAGCUGGAACAAGGACACUUGGCCAGUUACAGGGCCUCGUAGUUAUAAAUAGACCGUUAGCCCCUAAUCUAGCCUCCCAAAUCUAGAGAUUGGAAGCUACUAAAACGGAGCGAAGGUAUGCUGCCAAGCCCUGUUGGAGCGAGUGAGACUUGGCUAGUUUCCAGAACCCUGUUCAGGUGUAGCCCACUCAGCAGUGGGCAUCAGUUAACAGGCCCCUUGGGUUUUAACUGAUGUGCAGGGGAGCUAUAGUGAAGUCUUUGCUGGGCUGAUCCUGAUCCAGCGGGGCCUGGAGUCUAAGCUGCAGACCUUGGGAUGCCAGGGACAUUGAUUUGAUUGCAGUUAGGACGAACAGGCAGACAGACACUUGAUGAAUUGUUUUGUUUGGCCAGCCUGCACAAGUGAAAAUCAAUGGCAAUCCCUGUGCCUUGCUGGCCUCUGGGAGCAUUUGAGAUGCAGAGUGGGGAUGGGGUGGUGGCCUCCCCAAGGGCUGCUGAAGAAGCUGAGAUCUGGCAGGCUUAGCCAUCCUGACAGACAGCAGGAAAAGAGUUUCCUCCUGGAAGCACUUACCAUUGGCCCAGCUCAGUGGCAGGGUCAUUACUCCCUGACUGAGCUCAGACCAAGCUGCUGUCUCCUGCAAGGCAAAUAGGUGUUUGGAGCUUUGCCUGCUGUUAUUCCCCACAGCCACCUCGACUGCCCAGGUUUCCUGAGAACAGUCUGACUGAAAGAAUAGAACACCACUAUCUUUCUGUUUCCAGCAUGUCAGGCCAGACCAAACAGUCCCCCAAGAAGCAGUGUGUUGCUUGCAGCUUUAGUUCACCAGGACUGCCUUUCACAGCACUUUGAAACCAGCACGGAGCAUUCCUGUCACCCUUCCUCUCAGCCUAAGUGAGAGCACUGGACCAGAUGAAUAAGUCCCUAGAGAUGGAGACUGAGGCUGUUGCUCAGUGGUAGAGCAAGUUAACAUAAGUAAGUUAACAUGCAUGAGUAUCGGUUUGUCCCCAAUACUACAUACACAAAGGAAGUCCCCAAGGGGAUUUGGGUGGGCGAACCAUUCAGUUCCUGUACCCACCCUGUCCCACUGCUCUCCUAGUCGGGUAUUUUCUAAGUGCCUUUUCUGUGCCCUACAGAGAAUGUUCCCAUCAUAGAUGUUUCUGGAGAAACUCUUAAAACCUUGUGCCUCUGAAAGGACACACGACUCAAGUGUCUUUAAUCCUAGCCUGUGAAUGGCUGCAGGAGCUUCUGUGCCCUGGAAGAGCCUGUGGGGAGAAGCUGGCAAGGACUCUGCCCAUAGUAACUUGGUCAUGGCUGCUGUCCUUGCCAAGUUGCCCCAGCUGCAUCCUGGAGGAGAAAAUGGUUGGCACAAACGUGCAUGUCACUGCUCACCAGGAGCUCAGAUUCAGUAAUCUGUGCAGAAAAACAAAUCAGACUCAAGCAGAGUUAGAUGUGGUGGCACACACUUAUUUCUUGGGAGGUAGAGGUAGAGACAGAGUUCAAGGUUAGCCCCAGCUACAUGUGGCCCUGUUCAUAAAUGAAUGCAAACUAAAUCUGAAGAACAAACUUAAGAACGUGAGCAGUGUCAGGCAUUGUUUGUGAGAAUGUUAGCACUAUGUUUGCACCCUGACCAAGUGUGGAAGGGAAUUUAUGGGCUGGCCAUGCUGGUAGCAAGGCCAUGGUUACUUCUGUUGGGAAUAAACACUUUUCCUGA